AUGGCCACCGGCGGUGACAAGUGCGGCGGGGAUCCGGAGGUCCGCGACGACCUGUACGCGGUGAUGGGGCUCAAUGAGGAGUGCUCCGAUGCCGACCUCAAGGUCGCGUACAGGAAGCUCGCCAUGAAAUGGCAUCCGGACAAAUGCUCGUCCUCCAGCAGCACCAAGCAAAUGGAGGAAGCCAAGGAGAAGUUCCAGCAGAUGCAGGGUGCCUAUUCCGUCCUCUCCGAUGCCAACAAGCGGCUCCUCUAUGAUGUGGAGAUGUGCGAACAAGACCAGGGUGAAGACUACGGGAUGGGAGACUUCCUUGAUGAGAUGGCUCAGAUGAUGAGCCAGACGCCACCAGCGCCUUUGGAUUUGCUGAGGCAGAAGAACUUUGAGGAGCUGCAGCAGCUGUUUGUGAACAUGUUCGAGCCUGAUAUUGACUCGAGAGUCUCCAACGAACCUGCCAAGGGAAAUCAUGACCUGGUCAGAGGACAAACUCCACCAUCUCCACCACCUUCGUUAGCUACCAAGGCAGAAGAGCCAUCAUGUAAAGGCAUUAACAAGCGUGGAUCAUCAGAAAUGGGUACUAGGAAGCCUCCAAGGUUUGGUGAUGCGGGAGCGAGUCACAGCCAGCCUGAGUUUUGUUCUAGGAUGAGUGACACCAAGCAAGCACCAAAGGAGUGAGGUGGGGACACCAAUAUGAGAAGGAACGACCAGAAGCAGAAGAUGAC